AUGGACGAGCGGAUAGGAGCCGUAGUUCCUAACCAGAUACCGGAAUCUCAGCAGGUGACGGAUUCUGAGACGGUAACGGAGUCUGACCAGGCUCGGGAAACGGCUCUCGAGCCGCCAAGAAAGUCGUCUGAUCAGGGAUGCGAAACGGUUCAGGCGAUUGUGGCGGAGAAAAAGAAGCUUACCCGUCCUCGUUCUUCUUCCGCGAAACGGAAACCGCAGGACAAGGGGAAGGGAAAGGAGCGAGCGAACGAGCAGCAGGGAGAGGAGGAGCAGUCUAGAACAAAACGAGAAAAGGUUUUGCCUGGCCGGUUAGCUUCAGGGGUUCUGCCGACGACAGAGCAAGCUUCAUUGCUGACUGACGAGCAGAUACGGCAGGAUAGGGAAGCGAACGAACAGCAGGAAGAGGGGCAGCAGUCUAGAGCAGAUCCAGAAAAGGUAGUGGGACCGGCAACAGGGCAAACGGCACAGCUGACUGCCGAGCAACUACGGCAGCACACGGAGCAGAUUACAGGGCCGCAGCCACAGGACCUUGCUGCGCUACGCGCCAGCCCUCGCCGCCCAAGCAGUCCCGGCUUGUCGUCUAACGUGAGCGUGCGGCAGCUGAGGUCUCUCUUUGAACAGUCUAAGACCGCAGUAAGAACCACAGGAGCAGCAGGGCCGCUUCGGAAAGGCGGUAAGACAAGCAAGGGCACCAAGAGCGCAGGCAGCGGCAGCAACUCCGGCGGCGGCAACGCGAACGCGAAGGCUGUUAGGCGUGCCGGCAGCAGCGGCGCCACCACAGACACAGACUCAUCCGACGCAUUGGGUAGUAGUGGUAACCCUAACCCUAACCUUAACGCUGCGAACGGAAAAAUGAAGAGAGAUGGGUCGCUUAGACGGAAAGGGCAAACCGCAGGUGGAAACUUGGGUAAAUCCCCCCGUGCUGUGAAGAGCCAGGUGCAGCGGCGACAGCAGGGGAAGCAGGCGUCGCAGGGACGGCUGAAUACUCCCUGUCAGGUAGACACGAGCACGAGAGGAGGAGAUGAUGGGUGCGGGCUGGAAGAGGAUGGGAGUCGUUUGAAUGGAGAGUGUUUGGGAAAUGACGGUGCGAUUUGUAGGGAGGCUGGUGGUGAAGAAAGCGGGGAGGAUGAAGGAGUGGGGUGCGGUGCUUGUGGCGUUUCAGUAGGUGGUGAGCCUAGCAAGGAGGUGUCUGCACCGGGGUUUGGUGGCACAGGAAACGGCAGCAGCAGAGGGAGAGGAGCAACGGGGAAGGGAAAGCAGGCGUAUGGAGUGGCUACACUUCGUUCUGAUGCGGUUGAGAUGGAUACAGAUGGGGAGGGAGACGAAGGGGAGAGACGACUAGAAGUGAGACUAGACAGUUUGGAAGGAGAAGAGGAGGUGAGCGCAGGGGAAACCGUUGUCCUCGUUAUAGGCAGCGGAAACACUGGCCUUACAACGGGGGUUGUCAUGACUCCAGGCAGAACGAGGCGGAAGAGAGAGGGGGGAAGGACGGGGGGCCGGGGGAGAGGUGGAGGUGCGGGCAUGGGGCAAGGCAGGGUGAGAGGGACGGUGGGAGAGAGAAUACGACAGCUGGAGAUAGCAGCAGCAAGUGCGGCUGCCGCUGCAGGUGUGGGGAGGGGUGCGGUUGCAGGGAGGAAAGGGAGAGGAGGAGCAGCUGGAGUUGCUGCUGCUGCUGCUACUGGUGGUGAUGCUGCUGCUGCUGGUGGUGCUGGUGGCAGGGUUAAUGCUCGUAGAGAGUGGGGCCCCAAGGGGAGGAAAGCUGCAGGGCUUGCUGGGGAGACAGUAGGAGCAGAGAUUGGCAGUGGGAAGAGGAAGGAGCAGGGGAUUGAAGGUUGUGGUGAGAAUAAGAACGGGGAUGGGGAUGGGGACGGGGGAUGUAGUGGGGAGGAUGCAUUGGGAAAGGGCUUGGGUGUGGGAAUGGGGGGUUUACCGGUGCUUACUGUGGGAGGAGCAGACAGCCGAGCGGUUUUUGAGGGUGCUGUUGUGAGUAUUGCCGCUCGCAGUGCUGGUACACGCGGGGCGGCAGGGGCGGCAAGGGGGAGAAAGGGAGGGAAGAAGGGGAGUGGUGCGGGAGAAAGGAGGUUGUCUGGAGCAGGAUGGUCGUCGGGAGGAGAAGGGGAGGGCAAGAGGAGCAGGGGGAAGGGUGGUGGUGGUGGUGGUGGUGAGGGCGAAUCAGUGGUGGUGGAAUGCUGGAAAGAGGAUGAAGCAGUGGAUACUUGUGAGGGGAAUGUGGUAACACGGUUACUGGGAUACAAGGGAGCAGAGAGUCCUGAUCAAGGUGGCAUGGCUUCUCAAGAGGAACGAGCGUCAGUGUGUGACGAGAGACGAGACGAGAUAAGAGAGGGGAUGAGAGAGGGGAAGAGCGAUGAGAUGAGAGACGACACGAGGGACACGACGAGAGGGGAGAUGAUUAUGAGAGGAGGGGGUUUGGAAGAGUGUGGACAAGGGGUGGUGGAGGGAGGACAGCGCGUGCUGGUUAGUGAAGGAGGGUUGUAUCUUCGAGAAGGAAAGGAGCUGGGGGUGGAGGUGGAGAGAAGGGAAGCGGACGAGGAAGAAGAAGCAGGAGAGGGGGAGGAGUGUGACGAGGAGGAGGAGGAAGAGAGGGAGGGGGAGGUUGUGUGUCACGAGCUGCGACUGAGUGUGGAAAUGGAGGAGCAAGCGAGACAGGCGUUGGAGGGGGGAGAGAGUGUGCUGCUGGUUGAUGACGUGUCAGGACGGGCCUAUCAGCUGCUGCCAGCUGUCGUCGUGGAGGGGGUGGGCGUGGAUGGAGGGAGGGAGGAGGGGGAAGGUAGUGAUGAGGAAGAGGAGGAGGAAGAGGAGGAGGAUGGGGAUGAGGGUGAGUGUGAUUGUGGGGAGGAGGAGGUGGAGGAGGAAGAAGGGAAGGAGGGUUCAGAUAAAAAGAGGGAGGCAAUGGUGAUGGAGGCAGUGGAAUGGGAGGAGGAUGGAGGGGAGGAUGAUAAGGAAAAGGAGGAACUGAGGGACGAGGAACGAGAGGAUGCGCGGGAGGGGGAGGAAGAGAAGAGGAGGAUGGAGGAGGAGGAGAGGAGAGGGAUGGAGAGGGGAGAGUGGGAAAGGAGGGGACAGGAGGAAGUAGCUGGUGGAGAGGAGGCAUGGACAGCAGAAUCUGGCGUUGCUGGUGCUAGUGAGAGAGGAGAUGAUGGGGCAGGUGGGCCCGGUGGGGCAGGUGGGGCAGGUGGGCCCGGUGGGGCAGGUGGGGCAGGUGGGGCAGGUGGGCUAGCUGAGGCUGGUGGUCCCUAUGUCGGGCGGUCUCUCUCGUCCCUAUCUGGCGACUUGUCUUUCUGCGGGAGCUUGGAGGAUGCAGGGACUAUCGGCGACACCAGCGUUGGCACCGAGAGGGGUAGCUGUAGCAUCUAUAGCCGUGUGGUUGAUGGAGAGGGGUAUGGGUUUCCGGAGAGGACGAGAGGGUAUCUGUCAGCAGCAGCGACGGCAGCAGCAGGGGCAGCGUAUUUUGAGGCGCCUCAAGAGGGGUAUGUGUUUCCAGAGAGGUCGAGUGGGUGCGUGUUUGAAGCAGCGGCAGCAACAGCAGUGGCAGCAGCCGCAGCAGCCGCUGCAGCAGCAGCAGAGCAAGCAGCAGCAGAGAGAGCAGCAGCGGAAAGAGCAGAGGAGGCGUUAGCAGAAGAACCACUGCGGCAGGUGGUAACUGGAGCAGGUAGGAGAUUUGAGCCGCCGACUGAGAUCGUGCCAGUAUUAGAAGCAGAAGAAGACGAAGUGCUCAUCCUACCCUCAGCAGCAGCAGCUGCAGCCGCAGCCGCAGCCGCCGCAGCAGCAGCAGCGUCUGCUUUUGCUCCCGCUCCCACUGCUGGCCUGGGAAACCCUUCUAGUGCUGCUCGCACAGACCACCCUUCGCUAUUGUCACACAGCUCAGCCCGUCAAGCCGCUCGUUACAGUCACAACAAUCACCAGAUUCCCCGGGCCAUGCCGCCCAACCAGUGCUUCCUAACUCCUGUGCGCAUUGCUGCUCGUCGGGGGCUGUUUCGGAACGAGUGUGUGGCUCCUGCUGUGCUGGGAGCAGGAAACCACUCCCGAGGUGCUCCUGGGGCGUUGGGAGUGGGGAGUCAAAACAACCCCCACGGAGGAGGUCACUUUUCACAGUCGCGGAGUGAAAACCGUACCAGGGGUGGUGGAAAUAGUAGGGUGAGUGGGAGUCAGACUAUGGAUGGCGGGCGCGGGGUGAGGAGGGCGGGUGAGAGGUUGAGAGGAAGGAGUGAGGGUGGUAGAGGGGGUGGUGAGGAGAUUGGGAUGGGGAAUCAGCGAGCUACAUUGAGGCCUGUUGGGGGGUUGAGAUCUGGGGAGGUGAGGCGAGAGGGAGGGGCAGAGGGGAGUGUUGGGGGAGUUGCGGAUGUUGGGAUAAGGGGGAGUGCGGCAAGGGGGAGAGUGGUGGGAGGGGCAGAAUCAGGGGUAGAUGGAAGCUUGGGAAUGGCAGCAGGUGGAUUAGAGGGAGAAGGAUCAGGACCAGGAGGAGAUAUGUCUGUGGUAGGGGAGGGGAGGGAGGGGGUAGGUAGUGCUGGUGGUGCUGACAACACAAGGCGUGGAAGAGGAGGGAGGGGGGUGAGAGGGGGAGGAGCAGCGAGAAGAGGGAGAGGGAGAGGAGGAGAAAGAACGAGGGCAGAGAAUGCAUUGCACGAGAUACAAGAGGAGGAGAGGCAGGACGAGUUGCCGGACCAGGGAGAAGAGGAGUGCAGAGCUGCAGAAGGAGAGGGAGAAGCAGAAGGAGAGGGAGAAGCAGGAGGAGACUAUCUGAGCGAUGCAGCCACGCGCCUUUCCUCGGUGCAUGCGGACGCUCGUUUCUCUAGGCUGCCUUCCGUGCGGCAUGUGGUGGAGGAGGGAGAGUGUGAUGGCAGGGUACAGGGAAGGGGGGCGGGCAGUGAGCGGGCGCCGCGGCGCUGGUGGCUCCUCACCGGCUCCUCGGCUUACCUGUGUGUGGCGUGCCCUGUGGUGCUGCGCCCUGAUGACGUUGGUGAUGGUGAUGGAUCAGAGGAUGUGGGAAUCGGUGGAGGAGGUGGUGUGGCUGGGAGAGUGCCUGCUGCUCCUUGCUCGUCGCCUCGUGAUUCGCCGAGGGAAGGUGCUGAUGUGGCUGAGUGGCGUGUAAACGGGGCAGGAGAAGCUGGAGAAGGCGAGAUGGAAGAAGUAGGAGGAACAGGAGGAGCAGAGCGGAGAGCAGUGCGAGCAGCAACGGCAGAAGAAGUGAGUGAAGAGGAAGAGGAUGAGGAAGAGGACAAAGGGGAGACAUGGCACAUGUGCAUGAGAAGGAGAGUGCGCACUAGAGAAGGUGGGGUAAUUGGUAGAAGGGCAGGAGGGAGACACGGAGAAGGUGAACAUGUUAACAGGGAAGGUGAAGGUGAUUACCCGGAUGGAGUAGAUGCAGCAAAUACCGAGACUGCUUUUAAUGGGGAUAUUUCUGCUGCCAGUGCUGGGGGCGUUGCUGCUACACAGGUGCAUGGGGCAUCAGCUGCAAGUGCAACUGCGCAUGCCUUGAGUGCUCGCAGUGGAGAGGGCAUGAGGAGCCGAGCCUUGUGGCGCUGGCAGCAGCAGCAGCAGCGCCUGAGGAACCAGUUCUCGCCCCUCCCCUCCCUCCUCUCCUCCCCCUCCCAUGCCCCUCGCACCGGCCAAUCCCAUCGUGACGCGCGGCCCCGUGCGCUGAGCCAGAGCCAGCAGAAUCCGCGUCAGCAGCUGCCAGAGCAGCAGGAGGUGGGUUCGGGGCAGCAGCAUCUCGUGCCAGGUCAGCUUCUGCUGAGUCAGCAGCAGUCUGCGUCGAGUCAGCGCAGGUUGGGUCGGCGUCGCGUGUCUGUGCAUGGGCUAGCGGGCAGGCAAGUCAGGCAGAGAGGAAGUGGAGGGGACAGAAGAGCAACGGGGGCUGCGCCAGGGGCACGAUCGGAGGGAGUGCAGAGCGGUGAUAGUGAUCUGGAGGCGAAUGAAACAGAUAGGAGGGGUGGAGCGAUGGAGGGUGAAGAGGAAGAAAAUAUUCCUGCAGAACCUGAGGGUGGAGUUAGUGACAACGUGAGAAGGGUUGCGGCAGAAGAAAGGGAGGACGCUUUAGGAGCAGUAGAAGAGAGGAGUGCUGCUUUGGGAGUAGUCGAAGAGAGCGAGGCGAACAGUGGUUCGGGAGCGUUGCUACGGCAAGCAGGGAGUGGUGGUUCGGGAGAGAUUGAGGAGACCACAGGGGUGGCUGUAGAGAGGGGGAGGGAGAGGUUAGGUGGUGAGGAGGUGGUGAGGACAGCUGGGGAUGCAGCAGCAGGAGACUCAGAGGUAGAUACAUCAGGAGGUACAGGAGUGGCAGGGGCAGGGGGGGAGUUGGUGAGCUGUGGUGCUGCAAACAGUGUUGUGAACGGAGUCUGCUCACCUGCCGAGCCUACAGCAUCGGGUGAAAGUUCGGCAGAAGGUGAGGAGGUUGGGGAACCGAUUGGAUCGGAGAAUGUGUUGGAAGAGGGUGGCUGUCUGCAAGAAGCCGGCUCUUUGAACGAGCAAGGCGCUCGGGACGACAAUGCAAGGAACGAGGAAUGCUCUGAGGGAGUGGAAGACCGUGGUGUUAGUGACAGGCUAGCGGUCGGUUUGGCAGUGGCAGUGGGGGCAGCAGCAGGCAGCAGCAGAGGUGCAAUUUGUGAGGUGCAGCAACAGGCGGUUGGCAUUGCAGAGCCGGCCGAGGGUAUUGACAUAGCAGGGGGUGUGCCAUCAGGUUGUGGUGCGAAUGCAGUUGUGGCUUCUUUUGUACCAGCAGCCAUCGCCCCUUCAGACGUCGAUGAGGGUGGGACUCAACCACCCUGUGCCGCUGCUUGUACUGGUGAGACACCUCGUUCAGCGCCGGAUGCAGCACCUGAUGCGGCUCCUGGCACAAGACAAGUCCAAACACCUGAGGAAGCACCUGAAGCUGGUAGCAGCCAGACAGCGUCAACAGCAGCCACAGGUCCCUAUGCCAACUCACCAGCCAAUGCCACACUGGCUUCACAGCAACCACUCUCCACCCCUCUCUUUGCAGCAGAGUGGAAUGCCGCAGCAACCAUGUACCCUGCUUUUGUUGCACCUCCCCCCAUCGCACCGCACUCCAUUGCACCUCCCUAUACUGCACCUCACACCACUGCAUCUCCCUCUAUUGCACCUCACACCAUUGCACCUCCCACUAUUGCACCUCACACCAUCGCACCUUCCCCCGUCGCGCCUCCCCCCAUCGCACCUUCCCCCGUCGCGCCUCCCCCUAUCGCACCCCACCCCAUCGCGCCUCCCCCUAUCGCACCUCCCCCUGUUGCACCUGCCCCUUUCCCGUCAACACUUUCCAUGCCCAGUCCCUCUUCCAUUGGCGAAGCAGCAGCAGGUGCUUUCCAUUCAUUCGUUCAUUCGAACACAGAUGCGCCACAGCCACAGGGUUAUCAGGUUACCGUGUUACCACAAGCACCAUCCAUGGGUACACCACCACAGGUGCUGCUGCCUUACACUCAUGACACACAGCAGACCUCACUAAAGGCCUUACAGCCUGCCUUACAGCAGACAAUACUGCAGCAAUCUAUAGGCAUACAGCUCCUCCCCUCUAUGGGUCAGGAGCCUUCGCAUUCCACACCCUCCAAUCCAUUUGAGUUCAGCCUUGCUCCUGUCCCCCACGCUCCCACUAAUCCGUUUGACCCAUCCCAUCCGUCCAAUCUGCCAACUUGUGAUCCAACCCCGGUGCCGAUGCUGGCCGUCAGCUAUGCUGCUUCUGCUGGGUAUUCCCUUUCUACCCCUCCUGUCCUUUCUGCCCCUCCUGCUGUAUUCGCCCCGGGCCCCCCUGUGCCCUGGCAUCAGACAUACCAACAGCAUGAUAAUGGGCCGUUGCCAGGUGCAACAGCAGCAGCUGGGGCAGAAACAGCAGCAGGGGCAACAGCAACAGCAGGCGCAGGCGCAAUGGCUGCAGCAGCAUUGUCUCCCACAACUGAGUGGGUUCUGUUUUCCCCGGCACGAGGCGAGGAGGCAGGCACUGCAGCAAGCGCUGCGCCGUUAACAGCUGUAGCAGCGGCAGCGUCAGCGGCACCAGCAGCAGCAGCGGCACCGGCAGCAGCUGUAGCAAGUCAGUGGACAGCAGUUGGAGCACCAGAAGGAGCUAGUGGAUUUGGGGAGAACAGAGGGGUGGCAGAGGAAGGGAGAGAGGGGGGCAAUUGGAGAGUGGCAGCAGUGGAGGGGAGAGAGGAGGCAGAGGGGGGGCGAGCAGGAGCAGAGGUGACGAGAGUGGUUGCGCCAGAAAGGGUAAGUCCUGCUCGUUUCCGCAGGGUGGUGAGUUCAGGUGCCACACAGAUGACCACUGUCAAUACCGCCUUGCCUGUGCCCACGGGAGCACGCAUGGGCUCCCCAUUGGCUCGAAGGGGGAGAGAUGGCCACACAGGCGCUGGGGUGUUGCAUUCAAGCAACAGCUUUAGCGGUGGUGGUGCUGUUGGGAGUAGUGGUGCUGCUGGUGGUGAGGGUGUGAGUGGUGUGACUGGUGGCAGCAGCCGAGGGGAGGUGGUCUUGAGGAUGCACGAGCAGAGGCAGCAGCAGCGGCAGCGUCUCCUGCUGCUUCGGCUGCAGCGCAUGCUGUUGACCCGUGGCGAAUCACCUAUUAACGAGGAUGGAGAAGCAGGAGAAGGGGAGGAGAGCCAGCAGCAGAGUCUGACCCACCAGCAGCAGCACCAGCUGUACGAGCAGUUGCAGCAGAGCCGUGGAGGAGGCAGGGACGAACAGGCACUGAUUGAUGCUGCGAUUGAGCAAGCCCUCUUCGGCUCCUCCUCCUCAUCCACUCUGCUUACCAGCAGUUCUGCUACCGCUGCUGCUGCUCCAGGUUCUAGUGGUAUCGAUUCUUCUCGUCCUGCUGUCUCAAUGAGGCUUCCAGCAUCAGCGCGUGUCGUGGCAGCAAUGGCAGCAGCAGGAACAAAUGCUGGGGCAGGGAGUGGCAUCGGCAUUGGAACAGCAGGUACUGUAGCAGGUGCUGUAGGGGGUAAUGUAGCACGUAGCACAUCAGGUACUGUAGCAGGCAGUGUAGCAGGAGCAGGAGUGCCACUGGUAGCAGUGCUGGGAGGCCCGCCGAUUCAAGUGUCAUCCAGGCGAACCCAGAGCCCUGCUCUCACCCACACACACGCUUGGGGGGGCGGGGUAUCCAGCAGCAGAAGGCAAGUUGGGGUGGAACGACAGAGGGGAGGAGCAGAGGAGCAGGAAGAGGAGGGGCGCAGGGGUAGGCGUGGGGGAGGAGCGGUAAGAGGGAGAAGAGGGGGAGAGAGUAUAGUAGGAACAGUAGCUGGAGAGGAUGUUGAGGCGAGUGGAGAAGAGGAAGGGGAGCCUGGGGAGGCGGUGUGCUGUGUGUGCAUGGAGAGGCCGAGGAAGGCAGCGUUUGUGCCGUGUGGUCACAUGCUGUGCCGCAUGUGUGCUCAAGAGGUCAGGGACCGGCGCGGCAAGUGCCCUCUCUGCAAUAGGAAAAUCAAGGAUGUGCUUAAAUUGUACUGA